AUACAUGGGUACAUAUAUGUACAUCUGCUGUGUAUGUAAGUCAACUCCUGUGAUGUGGUGAAUUUUUACUCACGUGCAGUUUGCCGUUUGCUCUGCAGUGUUAAUUGCCUGUUUAUUGCUGUAAAUUGCCAUAAAGUAAAAAAAACACACACAAUAAAUAUGAUCAAUAAGAUGCAAAAAAACCCAAAUGAACACAGUCCCAGCAAUGUAAAAUCUGCCGCCGUUUGUUGUCAUGUUUUAUUCUGAUGUAUUUUACAUUAGAGGAACUAUUUAAAGGUUAAACAGCUCAACACAAAACUUCCCCCUUUGUUUUUUCUCUAAUCUGAGCACAUUUUAUUCUGAAGGGCAGUUUGUGAUCAGUCUGAAGGUCUUUUGUCUUCGUCCGCUCACAUUAAUUUAUGUCUUUAUGUUUUUCUUUUAUUUCUUCUUUCUCAUUUAUGUAAUCUGCACAGAAACAUAUUUGUGCUGAAACUCUUUAUUUGUCGUCGUCUCUCUUCUCCUAAUGUGUGCAGUCAGUCCCAGCAGGCCAACAUGAGUGACACGUACGCGGUGGUCAACAAACCCAAACUUCCUCCGCCGUCAGACCCCGCCUACUCCGUCGUAGCCACGCCCAGAUCCAGCAGGACGCUGCCCUCCUCCCAUCACUAUGACAACGACACUGCAGGCGCGUCUGGAGCUCCCGUCUACAGCACCGUCAGACCGCGAGCCAAAGCGCUAUCUGCCACGCCCAUCUACGACACAGCGACACCAGCCAAUCACAUGCCGGGGGAGGGGCCUCCGUCACUGAGCCACAGCGGAGAGUAUCACCUGCUGCCAGCUGAUCGUGUUUCAGCAGCAGACGAUGAUGACGAUGAUUAUGAAGAUUUCUCCUCUUCGGCCGCAGACGUCAGCAGCCUCUGCUCACCUGGCGGGAUCGGGUUUAACUGUCGCGUUCAGAAGCCCAGAGGACCCAGAGAUCCUCCUGCCGAGUGGAGCCGACUGGAGAGAUGAACCGGUUAACCCUUUGAAAUCUGAGCCAAUGUUGGCUUGAUUUUUUUUGCAAAAACACAAGAGGAAGGCGAUGAGCAACU